CUUGCUGUUCACAUUUUAAUUAUUCUGUGGGGCUCUGGCUGAAGACACAGAGAAAAUGCUACCUUUCACGUCAAUGAUUGCUCUCUGUGUGCUUGUAUUAGCAUUGCCAGUCUACAUUGAAGGAGCGGAUGCCGGCAAUGCAACUUCAAAUGAAACCAACUCCACAACAGACGCCACCAAAUCCAAUAGCACUUCUCCAGGAGCAAACUCAACUUCAACGUUCCCCAGUUCAAACACCAAUGUGUCUGUCAACUCCUCAGUCUCUGGUACCAACGGCACUGCGUCUGGGUCCAGCCCCUCCCAGAACAGCACCAGCACCACAGCUACAAGUACCAACUCACCGGGGAACGCAACCAACUCCAACCCGACAGGAAUACCUUCUGCUCUGCCAGGAACUAACAGCACAGCGAAUCCUUUGAAUGCCACACCACUUUACCUUUCUGCAAAAGCUUCCACCAGCUGUAGCCUCUCAUACUCCCUCACCUUGGCUCAGAUGAUCCUCACAUUUCUAGUCUCUGUCAACAAGCUGAUGGCGUAGCUGCAGUAAUCAUCUGUUGUGUUUUUUUCAAGUUUGGGUAUUGUUGUACCAAAUGGGUUUUCCUUUAACUACAAACGUGGAGGUUUUGCUAUAGGACCAUGAGGGUUCAGUGUGAGAGCUUAGCAGUAUAAUGCAGGGUUUGGCUAAAGCUAUGACCACAGACCCGCUAAUGGUGUAGUGUCAUUGUCUUUGUGUGCUCUAUUACCUAGCGUGAUGUUAAAAUACAAAAGAAUAAAUAAGAAAGAUAAUGAUUUGAACAUCUGAUUUUGCAAUGCAAAUUGCAGCUCAGCUUAAAAAAGAAAAAAGUGGUUUGACUAUGCAAUGCUACAAUGUUAAUGGAAGAGAUUGUUAUCUCGAAAUGAUAAGCUUUGCAUAUGAUUUCUACCAAACCAGCAAUGAAAAGGAUGGAUAAUAUUGUUUUGGUUUUUUGUUGUUGUUGUGUUAAUUGUUUAUAAAUGUUUAGUUAUUAUGUACAUUAUUAGUUCAUUCAGUAAUCUCUAAUUUCACUUUCCUCCAACGCAAAUGAGGCCCUGUUGUUUACUUACAGGAAGGCAACAGCGGUAAUAUAUCAUAAUUAGAAAUUAGCAUCUUAAUAUACUGAAGCCAAAAAAAAGGUCUCUUCUAGCCUCCAAACUAGAACUAAAUGAAACCCUUUUGCAGAUAUUUGAAUUGUAUUUAUGAAUUUAGCAGGACUCUGGAAAAUGAAGAAAGUUAAUACAAAUACUGGUCAAAAGAUGUAUAGUGAAAAAUACCCCAAAAUAACCCAUUGUGUUUUAAUUACUAGUGUGCCUGUUACUGGAGGAUUUGUAAAUACUCAAUUGUGCACACACAUGUCAUAAAGUGAUGAGAUGGACCUUUCUGCCUUUAACAUGAAUGGGAUUCCUUUUUAUAUUGCUGUAAAAUAAAAAUCCAAUUGUUACAUACA